AUAAACGAUGUGUUAACAACUUUUCUCAUAGUUUUGGUAUGACUUUUGGUUAUAUCCGCGGUUUUAUACGUAAAAUGAGUGCAACUACCGGUGUCUCGAUACUGCCUGUGGGGGUGCGGGGUAUGAAAGUUCUCGAUCGAGAUAAAUUCUUGCGCAAUUUAAAAGUGCCAGUUCUAAAGGUCAAGCUAGAAAACGUUAAUAAUGUUAUGAAAAUGUGCAAAAAUUACUUCCUAAAACUUAAAGCCUUUAGGCCGAUAAGAGAUCUGAACGAAGCUGAAGAUUCGCCAUUCAAGAAAUGCAUAUAUUUGAAUCCUGAAAAGGUGAUGAAAUGGGAAGACUUCAGUGAAAAUGAUCGAGUCUUGCUCCAAGACUUAAAUGUAACAGAGGAUCAUUUGAUUUUCAAAGAUGCACAAAUAUCAUAUGACAACUGGGAUUAUGAAACUAUAUUCAAAGCUGUUCUUCCUGAAAAUGAGGAGGGUGUGAGUGGAUUUACCCAAAUUGGCCAUAUUAUUCAUCUAAACUUAAGGGAUCAUCUACUUGAAUACCGCUUUGUUAUCGGACAAGUGCUGAUAGACAAAUUAAAGUCUUGUCGUACUGUAGUUAACAAGUGCAACACCAUUGAUAAUACCUACAGAAAUUUUGACAUGGAAGUACUUGCUGGAGAUGAAGAUUUCAAAGUAUCUGUCAAAGAAAAUAACUGCACAUUCCACUUUGAUUUCUCUAAAGUGUACUGGAACUCACGCUUAUGCAAGGAGCACGAAAGAAUCUUGAAAUACCUACAUCCUGAAGAUGUCUUAUUUGAUAUCUUUUGUGGUGUUGGACCCUUUGCAAUUCCAGCAGCCAAAAAAAUUACUAAAGUAUUUGCCAAUGAUUUAAAUCCUGAAUCAUACAAAUGGUUGAAUUACAAUGCAAAUGUCAACAAAAUCAGGAUGUCGUGUUUUAAAUCAUACAAUCAAGACGGAAAGGAUUUUAUUUGUAAUGUAUUCAAAGAGUACUUGGAGCGUUUGUGUAAAGGUGUUGAGAAGGUGGAUGGAAAGAUUCGCAUAACAAUGAACUUACCAGCUCUAGCAGUAGAAUUUUUGAAAUACUUCAACGGUUUACUCAAAGACACUGCUGCAGCUGAAAACUUUAACCAAGAAAUCAUUGUAUACGCAUACUGUUUUGCCUAGUGGAUCAAAGAAUUGGCAAAAGAAUUAGUGAUCAAAAACAUAGGACAUGAUAUAUCCUCAGAUAUUAUAUUUAUUUAUAAUGUACGCAAGGUUGCUCCAACAAAAGAAAUGAUGAGAGUGACAUUUAAGUUAACUAAAGAGGUUUUAAUUGGUCCCAAAUCCCUGGGUGAACCGCCUCUUAAAAAGUUGUGUGUAUAAGUGUUUACUAAGAUUUUCAUAAUAUUAUUGAUAAGAGCCAAUUGGUAACUUUUGUAGUGUUUUUAUGUAAACCAAAAAUUAUGUAAUAAAUUUUUAUGCAUAAAAA